AUGGGGCUGGCCGGCAGAGCCGCCGUGGGGUCGCCGCUCCCCUCUCUGUGGAGGCUAGCGCUGCUCUUUUCCUCCGUCUGGGGACUGGAUGCACAAACGGCGGGGGAAUCUAAACCUCUCUACAUAUGGCAAACAGGUCCGUGGGGCCGCUGCAUGGGGAGCGAGUGCGGCCCCGGAGGCAGCCAGAGCCGGGCGGUGUGGUGCGCCCACUCCGAGGGUUGGACCACCCUCCACACCAACUGCGAGCAGGCGGGGCGGCCCGACAACCAGCAGAGCUGCUUCCGAGUGUGCGACUGGCACAAGGAGCUGUACGACUGGCAGCUGGGCGCCUGGAACCAGUGCGUUCCCGUGGCCAUGCGCAACGCCGGCGCGCAGCGGCCCGCCGUCUGCACCCGGGGGGAGGAGGGCAUCCAGACCCGCGAGGUGGGCUGCGUUCAGAAGGCCGACGGCGAGCCGGCCGAGGACGCCAUCUGCGAGUACUUCGAGCCCAAGCCCCGCCUGGAGCAGGCCUGCCUGAUCCCGUGCCCGCAGGACUGCGUGGUGUCCGAGUUCAGCCCCUGGACGCCCUGCUCCAAAACAUGCGGGAUCGGCCUGCAGAACCGGAUCCGCUUCGUCCUGGCGCCGCCGCUGUUCGGCGGAGCGGCCUGCCCCAACCUGACUGAGUUUCAGACGUGCCAGCCCGGGGUGUGCGACGGCGAGGAGAGCCUGUACAGCCUCAGGGUCGGACCCUGGGGCCUCUGCUCUGUCCCGCUACCGCGACAAACCAGACAAGCCGACCGAGCAGCUCGAGAGGGCGACAGGCGGUCCAGGGACGGCGUCAAACCGCCGAGAGAGGCUGACAAACAGCCGAAAGACGGCGAAAAACCAAGCAGGGACAACAAACAGCCAAAAGGAGGAGACAAACAGUCCAGAGAGGACAACAAACAGCUCAAGGAAGGAGACAAGCCGCCCAGGAAUAAAGACAAGCCCAACAACAGGAAGCUGGGCCGAGCGAACAGGAAGCAGGCGGACAGGCCCUCCAGACAGGCAGACCGGCCCAAACGGCAGAAAAAGGCUAAGAACAAGGAGAAGAGAGAGAAGAUGAGAGAGAAAGCGAGGGAGAGGUUAAGAGAGCGAGGAAAGGUCAAGGACCCCGAGACCAGAGAGCUCAUCAAGAAGAAGAGGAACAGGAACCGCCAGAACCGGCCCGGAGGAAAGUUCUGGGACAUCCAGGUCGGAUACCAGACGAGGGAAGUCAGCUGUGUGCACAAGAGCGGGAACGCCGAAGCUCUCAGCCUGUGCUCUCAGGAAACUCUGCCGGUGACCUUCCAGGCCUGCGUCAUGUCCAAAGACUGCGACGUGACGGAGUGGUCCGAGUGGUCCUCAUGCUCCAAGGAGUGCUACGACCCCAACGGGCCCAAAGGGGAGCGCACCCGCACCAGGAAAGUCAGCCAGUUCCCCAUCGGCGGGGGCGCCGACUGUCCGGAGCUGGAGGAGAGAGAGUCCUGCAGCCCCCAGGGAGACGCAGUGCCGCCCUGCAUCCUGUACAGCUGGAAAACCACAGAGUGGACCGAGUGCAGGGUGGACGUGCUGCUGAGCCAGCAGGACCGUCGGCGCGGCAACCAGACGGGUCUGUGUGGAGGCGGGACUCAGACCCGCGAGGUGUACUGCGUGCAGGCCAGUACUGAGACGCCGGCCAGCCUGGGCUCAUUAAGGAGCAAAGAAGCGUCCCGCCCGGUGGACAGCGACCUGUGUCUGGGGAUUCCCCCCAACACCACCCAGCUCUGCCACAUCAGCUGCCCCGUGGAGUGCCAGGUGUCUUCCUGGAGCGCCUGGGGACCCUGCACCUACGAGAACUGCCAAGACCAGGCGGCCAAGAAAGGCUUCAAACUGAGGAAAAGGAGGAUCGUCAACGAGCCGACCGGCGGGACCGGGAACUGCCCCCACCUGGUGGAGGCCAUACCCUGCGAGGACCCCUCCUGCUUCGACUGGCUGGUGGUCCGGCUGGAGGAGUGCGUCCCUGACAACGAGAAGGAGUGCGGACCAGGAACCCAGAACCCCCAGGUCCAGUGCGUCAACAGUGACGGCGAAUACGUGGAGAGGCAGCUCUGCCGGGACGCCAUCCUGCCCAUGCCCGCCAUCUGCGAGGUGCCCUGCCCCAAAGACUGCGCCCUGAGCCCCUGGACGCCCUGGACCCUCUGCUCCCACACCUGCUCCGGGAAGAACACCGAGGGCCGGCAGACCCGGGCCCGGUCCAUCCUGGCCUACAACGCCGGGGAAGGUGGAAUCCAGUGUCCCAACAUCAGCGCUCUGCAGGAGGUGAGGAGCUGCAACGACCACCCCUGCACCGUGUACCACUGGCAGACCGGCGCGUGGGGGCAGUGCAUCGAGGACUCCUCCAUCCCGUCCGGCAACACGUCCGCCGGCCGAGCGCGCGGAGACGACGCCUCGUGCUCGGUGGGGAUGCAGACCCGCAAAGUCAUCUGCGUCCGCGUCAACGUGGGCCAGGUUCCUCCCAAAAAAUGUCCGGAGAGCCUCCGCCCGGACACCGUCCGGCCCUGCCUGCUGCCGUGCAAGAGAGACUGCAUCGUGACGCCGUACAGCGACUGGAGCGCCUGUCCGUCCACCUGCCAGCCAGGUGGAAAUAAUAAGAAGAAGCAGUACAGGAAGCGUACCGUCAUUCAGUUCCCCGCCAACGGGGGCCAGGACUGUCCCGAGGUCUUGAACCAGGAGCGAGAGUGUGAGGCUCCGUCUGUCUGUAAAGGCUUCAGGUGGAAAACUCACAAGUGGCGGCGGUGUCAGCUGGUCCCGUGGUCGGUCCGGCAGGACAGUCCAGGAGCUCAGGAGACCUGCGGUCCAGGGCUUCAGGUUCGAGCGGUGUCGUGCCGGAAGCAGGACGGCGGCCAGGCGGACGUGGAGGCGUGUCUGAGGUUCGCCAGCCCCAUGCCGCCGCUCACCCAGCCCUGCCAGCUGCCCUGCCAGGAGGACUGCCAGCUCAGCGCCUGGUCCAAGUUCUCCUCCUGCUCGGCCGACUGCGUGGGAGUCCGCACCCGCAAGAGGAUGCUCGUGGGGAAGAGUAAGAAGCGUGACCAGUGUAAGAACACCCAGGUGUACCCGCUGAGCGAGACCCAGUACUGUCCGUGCAACAAGUACAACGCCCAGCCGGUCGGCAACUGGUCGGACUGCGUCCUGCCCGAGGGCGGCCGCCUGGAGGGCCAGCUGGGCAUGAAGGUGCAGGGCGACGUCAAGGAGUGCGGACAGGGCUACCGCUACCAGGCCAUGGUGUGCUACAACCAGGACAACCGCAUCGUGGAGACGUCGCGCUGCAACAGCCACGGGUACAUCGAGGAGGCCUGCAUCAUCCCCUGUCCGUCCGACUGCAAGCUCAGCGAGUGGUCCAACUGGUCCCGGUGCAGCAAGUCAUGCGGCAGUGGGGUCAAAGUUCGCUCCAAGUGGCUCAGGGAAAAGCCCUACAACGGAGGGCGGCCGUGUCCGAAGCUGGACCACGUCAACCAGGCUCAGGUGUACGAGGUGGUGCCCUGCCUCAGUGACUGUGGACAGUAUGUGUGGGUGGCCGAGCCCUGGAGUGUGUGGAAGGUCAGCAACGUGGACCUGAAGGACAACUGCGGCGAAGGCGUCCAGACCAGGAAGGUCAGGUGUAUGCUGAACACCAUCGACGGGCCGUCGGAGCAGGUGGAGGACUACCUGUGUGAUCCGGAGGAGAUGCCUCUGGGGGCCCGGAACAGCCGGCUGCCUUGUCCGGAGGACUGUGUGUUAUCAGACUGGGGCCCCUGGAGCCCCUGUCCUCUGCCCUGCAGUGAGAACGGGACGAGGGAGAGGACGGCCUACCCCCUCCGCCAGCCCGGGGAGGACAAGGAGUGUCCUCCAACCAAAGAAGCACAACCCUGCAAACUCAACAGCAACUGCUUCCACUACUCCUACAACAUCACAGACUGGAGUACCUGCCAGCUCAGCGACCGCGCAGUGUGUGGGAACGGAAUCAAAACCCGCAUGCUGGACUGCGUGCGGAGCGACGGCAAAUCUGUCGACCUGAAGUUCUGCAAGGAGCUGGGUCUGGAGAGGAAGUGGCAGAUGAACGCUUCCUGUGUGGUGGAGUGUCCUGUCAACUGCCAGCUGUCUGACUGGUCGGCGUGGUCCGAGUGCACACACACCUGUGGACUGGCAGGCAAGCUGUGGCGGCGGCGGACGGUGGUCCAGGCUCCGCAGGGCGACGGCCGGCCCUGCCCGGCCCAGAUGGAGCAGUGGAAGCCCUGCCUGGUGAAGCCCUGCUACCGCUGGAGAUACAGCGCCUGGUCCGAGUGCAAGUCCGAGGGCGCCCGGUGCGGCGAGGGCCUGCGCUUCAGGAACGUGUCCUGCUUCGUGUCGGACGGCUCGGGUCAGCAGGACAGCAGUCUGGUGGACGACGAGCUGUGUGGAGACCAGGAGCCGUCGGUGGACGGAGACGCUCGCGUGGUCCUGCAGGAGUCCUGCACCGUCCCCUGUCCCGGCGAGUGCUACUUGACGGACUGGACUGUUUGGAGUCCGUGCCAGCUGAGCUGCCUGAACGGGGACGACCUGGGUUUCGGCUCGGUCCAGGUCCGAUCCAGAGCCGUGGUAGCCCAGGAUCCAGAGAACCUGCUGCAGUGCCCCGAACAGGAGCUGGAGGCUCGGCCAUGUACAGACGGUCAGUGUUUCGAGUACAAAUGGAGGACAGGACCAUGGAGGGGGUCUUCUCGCCAAGUGUGGUGUGAACGAUCAGACGGACUCAACGUCACGGGUGGAUGUCUGGCGACGGCUCAGCCCAUGGCGGACCGGUCCUGCGACCCGGCGUGCACCAAGCCUCGCUCCCUGUGCACGGAGGCGGGCGUGUGCGGCUGCGAAGAGGGCUACACCGAGGUGAUGACGUCCGACGGCGUGCUGGACCAGUGCACCGUCAUCCCCGUGCUGGAGAUCCCCACCGCCGGCGACAACAAGGCCGACGUCAAGACCAUCCGGGCCUUCAACCCCACCCAGCCCGCCGCCAGCGCCCCGGGCCGCGCCGGACGCACAUGGUUCCUGCAGCCCUUCGGCCCGGACGGGAAGCUGAAGACCUGGGUGUACGGCGUGGCCGCGGGAGCCUUCGUGCUGCUCAUCUUCAUCAUCUCCAUGACCUACCUAGCAUGCAAAAAGCCAAAGAAGCCCCAGAGACGGCAGAUGAACAACAGACUGAAGCCGCUGACUCUGGCCUACGACGGGGACGCUGACAUGUAGACGCCCUCUCAACUCCAGACUUUGCUCAUC